UUCUACUUCGUUUAAAAUGGGUUUAAUUAUAUACGCAGUUGUUGUAAUACUUUUCGUUUGGAUUAUACAUCGUUGGAAUUCCCGAGCCUUUGUGAGACUAGCUUAUAAAGUACCCUCUAAUAAAUGGAAUACAUUUUUGGCUUGGGGUAAAAUCAUAAAGAGAAAAGAUAUUCUAUCAUACAUCUAUGAAACUGCCAACAAAUUAGGUUCAAAUUGUGUAAUUUGGGUAGGACCUUGGUCGAUCUUUGUAUCAGCUGAACCUCAACUAAUAAAGGAUAUUCUCAUGUCCAAAAACUGUAUAAAUAAACCAGACGCUGGUUAUAAAGGCUUUUCUUCUGUAUUCGGUGAAAGUUUAAUAUCCGAAAGUGAACCUAAUUGGAGUCGUCAUCGUAAAGUAUUGAAUAAAGCAUUUUCAGCGAAAACUUUGAAUUCAUUCUUUCCAAUCUUUCAUAAAGAGAUUAACAAAGUUAUAGCACAAAUUCAGAGAAGUAUAGAAAAGUCAGAGGACAUUGAUAUGUUGAACAUAUUUCGGGAAUUUACCUUGAAAAAUUCAACAAAAACAACACUUAAAAGAAAUUUAGAGCAAACUGAAUUUAACUCGAUUGUUAUGUCAAAACAUGUUCAAGGAAUUCUAGACUUUGCAGCUGAAGCUUGUGCUAGUCCAAUUUUGUGCAUUAAAUGGAUAUGCAAACUGGCGGAAAUCUCUAUAUAUAAAAAAGCCGGUCAAGAAAAAAUCGUUGAAAACAUCUUUCCAAAGGCUUUUGAAACCACAUCUACUGCAUUAUAUUUGGUAAUUACGUUACUGGCCAUGCAUCCGCAGUAUCAGGAACGUGUUUUUGAAGAAGUUAUAAGUAUAUUACCAUCUGAUGACCACGAAAUUACAUUGGACAUAAUGGAUCAAUUGACCUAUUUAGACAUGGUUAUAAAUGAAACAUUGCGAGUUUUACCCGUAGUACCGACGGCGUUUCGAAAAGUUUCAAAUGAAGAUCUCACUCUAAGCAAUGGUUUGACAUUACCGGUUGGCCAAUUUAUUUGUAUUGACAUCUUUCGUCUGCAUCGUAGUAAAGAUCUUUAUGGUCCCCAUGCACAUAUGUUCAAUCCCGAUAAUUUUCUACCUUCAAAUGUUGCCGCAAGACAUCCAUUCUCGUUUAUACCUUUCACAAAAGGUCAAAGGUUUUGUAUUGGUUGGAGAUAUGCUGAAAUAUUUCUAAAAAUUUCUGCAAAACUUAUAAAAACGUUCAAAUUUACAACAGAUUUUAAGUAUGAAGAUUUAAUUCCCGAAAAUCACAUUUCACUAAAAUUGGUGGAAGAACCACGUCUUCAUAUAGAAAAACGAGAAGUUCGAGAAUUGUAAAACAAUGAGGAAAAGG